AAAUGCACACCGUGAAGGUUCUAAGUGGCCAGUGAAACUCCGCGAGAUUUCGUAGCCAGGGGUGACAUAGAAGCCAUUUCUCUGAGGGAACGGUUCUCGUAGGACACACUCGCGGAAGCGUGGUGAAGGGUUUCUCCCGUGUUCUGGCAGGACCCUGGAGCUCCCCCAAGCCUUCGGGACGUUUGCGUGCACUUUCUUGUUCUUCCGCCCUCGCUGCGGAGACUUCCGGUUCCUGGAUUCCACCCUCAGCCCGGUUGAUGAUGGCCCAUAAUCAGACAGCUUAUGGGGCGAGGAAAUGCCAAGAAACAAAAUUCAGUUUUACUGAGUAAGAGAGAGAGCCUUUGAGGACCCCUGUGGCAGUUGUCAGCUUGGAAAAGCAGUGCCUCUUCAAGUAGUCUACAUUCCACUAAGUUUGCCCGUGCCCCCACAGGAUGGCCACCCUCGGUCUGUCUCCCAUGUUUGCUAUGUCCUUUGAGGACUCUACAGAUAACCAGGUCUCAGAAUUUCCUCUUCCACCAAAAUACCAUUCCAGUCAGCAGGAUUUGGGUUUGUCGGCUUGCCAUGCUCCAGAGCCUGAUACACCAACUCGUGUUUCUUCUCAGAAUUCUGUGACAUUCCAAGAUAUUGCUGUGGACUUCACUGAGAAAGAGUGGCCCCUGCUAGAUUCUUCCCAGAGAAAACUGUACAAAGAUGUAAUGCUGGAGAAUUAUAGCAAUCUGACUUCGCUGGGGUAUCAGGCUGGCAAACCCAGCCUCAUCUCACACCUGGAGCAAGAAGAGGAGCUAAGGAUGGAGGAGAGGGGCAUGCAGCAGGAUACUUCCCCAGAUUGGGGAACUACAUCUAAAAUCAAGUGGUCCAUUCUUAUGAAAGAUAUUUUUGGGGAGGAAGCUUCUGAUAGUGUUUCACUGGAAAAGUCUCAUCUUUUGGAGAAAUCUUCUGAAUUCACCCAUUUGUUUGAAGUCUUCAGUAUCAGCCCUCAUCUUACGCAGCCAAUAGGAAGGCCCCCAAGCAAAAGGCCCCAUCGCCACCACAGCUGUGGAGCUGCUUUCAAGAAUAGGAAUCACCUGACUCAGCACAUCCGCAUCUACGAUGGGAGAAAAAUGCAUGAAUGUCACCAGUGCCAGAAAGCCUUCACUACCAGUGCUUCUCUCACGAGGCACCAUAGGAUUCACACUGGGGAGAAGCCUUAUGAGUGCAGUAACUGUAGAAAAGCCUUCAAUGACCCCUCAGCUCUAAGGAGCCACACGAGAACUCACCUGAAAGAGAAGCCCUUUGACUGUAGUCAGUGUGGCAAUGCCUUCCGGACCCUCUCAGCUCUGAAGAUACACAUGCGAGUUCACACUGGGGAAAGACCCUACAAAUGUGAUGAGUGUGGCAAAGCCUAUGGCAGGAGCUGCCACCUCAUUGCCCACAAGCGGACACACACUGGAGAAAGGCCUUAUGAGUGUCAGGACUGUGGAAAAGCCUUCCAGCACCCCUCCCACCUGAAGGAGCAUGUCCGGAACCAUACGGGGGAGAAGCCUUAUGAGUGUACACAGUGUGGCAAAGCCUUCCGCUGGAAGUCCAACUUCAAUUUGCAUAAGAAGAACCACAUGGUGGAGAAAACCUAUGAGUGCAAAGAAUGUGGGAAGUCCUUCCGUGACCUUCCAUCAAGGAGGAAACACAUGAGGAUUCAUAUUGUAAAGAAAGCAGCUGAGUGUCGCGAGUGUGGGAAAACCUUCCGAAACCAAUCCAUCCUGAAGACACACAUGAACUCUCACACUGGGGAGAAACCCUAUGGCUGUGAUUUCUGUGGAAAAGCCUUCAGUGCAAGCUCCAACCUCACUGCACACAGGAAAAUACACACUCAGGAGAGACGCUAUGAAUGCACUGCCUGUGGGAAGGUCUUUGGUGAUUACCUGUCACGAAGGAGGCACAUGAGCACCCAUCUUGUCAAGAAGCGUGUGGAGUGUCGGCAGUGUGGAAAAGCCUUCAGGAACCAGUCUACCCUGAAGACGCACAUGAGAAGCCACACAGGGGAGAAGCCAUACGAGUGUGACCAUUGUGGAAAAGCCUUCAGCAUAGGAUCCAACCUUACUGUACACCUGAGGAUCCACACCGGGGAAAAGCCUUAUGAAUGUCUUGUUUGUGGAAAAACCUUCAGUGACCAUUCGUCCCUAAGGAGUCAUGUGAAAACCCACCGAGGGGAGAAACUCUUUACACCAUCUGUGUGGAAAAGGCUUCAGUGAGUGCUCAGAUGCAAAGGAAACCUGGCAGGCAUUAAAAGUUACAAAUCUUUCACUGUCUCUCCACAUCCAGAACAUAAAAGAUCACAUGGAACUUGGGAGAAAUCCAGUUUGUGGAAAGAUCAAGAAGACUUGAGUACUUGGGGUCUCUGAGA